UUUCUUUUCCAAUAAGAUUAUAUAUAUAUAUAUAUAUAUGUUUUGUUUAUAAAAUAUAAUUUUAUAAUGACCGUCAACUGAAAUAGAACAAGAACAAUAAGACCACGUGAAUGUCACGUGACAUAGACAGGCUUUUCAUUUCCCGCCUCUUCUCUCAUCGAACCCUCGGUUUUUCGAUCUUUCUUUCCUUUUCUUGGAGGACGAAAUGGGAAGCUUCGAGCCAAGCGAGAGGAAAGAAGUGGCAGAGACGGCGACGUCGAGAGGGUAGACGCGAUCGGUUUGGCUGCGACGGCGGACGAGGAGCGAUGGGGAUCCAAGGGCUGCUUCCCUUGCUCAAGUCGAUCAUGGCGCCUAUCCAUGUGGAGGAGCUCCGAGGCCAGACGGUGGCGGUGGACGCCUAUUCCUGGCUCCACAAGGGCGCCUUCUCCUGCGCCACCCAGCUCUGCAAAGGCCUCCCAACCUCGAAGCAUAUCGACUAUUGUAUGCAUAGAGUAAAUUUGUUGAAGCAUCAUGGUGUCAAACCUAUUCUUGUUUUUGAUGGUGGUAUUCUACCGAUGAAGAUUGAACAAGAGACCAAGCGUUCAAGGACCAGGAAGGAAAAUCUUGCACGAGCAAUGGAACAUGAGACAUUGGGUAAUUCUUCUGCUGCUUAUGAGUGCUACCAAAAAGCUGUUGAUAUUUCACCUUUGGUUGCAUUUGAACUAAUCCAGGUUUUGAAACAAGAUCAUGUUGAUUACAUUGUGGCACCUUAUGAAGCUGAUGCUCAGAUGACAUUCUUGUCCAUAAAUAGCCUUGUUGAUGCUGUCAUCACUGAAGACUCAGACUUGAUACCCUUUGGUUGUUCAAGAAUUAUCUUCAAAAUGGACAAAUUUGGCCAGGGAGUCGAGUUUCAAAGUUUACGUUUGGGAAAAAAUAAGGAGCUUGAUUUAACCGGAUUCACCAAUCGGAUGCUACUUGAGAUGUGCAUUUUUAGUGGUUGUGACUAUCUACCAUCACUGCCUGGCAUGGGCUUGAAAAGGGCCCAUGCACUCGUCAAGAGGCUUAAGAGCUACAAUAAGGUAAUUAAGCACUUAAGGUAUAGUGCUGUUUCUAUCCCACCACUUUUUGAGGAAUCAUUCGGAAAAGCGAUCUGGGCAUUUCAGCAUCAGAGAGUUUAUGAUCCGGCAAAAGAAGACAUUGUUCAUUUGACGGACAUACCUCAUGGUGUUUUUGAAGAUUUGGAUUUUCUGGGCCCAUAUCCUUCAUCUGCUACUUAUGUUUUUACUAUACAUGCCAUGCUAUAUCCUUUUUUCCUUUGAAAUGAUGGUAGCUUUCCUUGACUGAAUUUACAUGGUUACCACAAGGUAUAGCUAAGGAAAUAGCACAAGGAGACAUUGAUCCAUUAACGAAGAUGCCAUUCCAGGGAAAGGACACAUGCAGACAAUUGAUGCUUGGUAGAAAUUGCUUAGAAAAAGAAUCUGUACCAUCAAGUGGAAGGAAAAAGCUAGAUUUGCCUGUCCAGAAAAAUUUAUUGACCAAUUACUUCUGUAUCCAAAUGAUUUUGACAAACUUAAAUAUUCCAUUACUGAAUCCAUAAUUAGCAUCACAAAUGAAUGCUUUUGUGCAUCACUUAAUUGCUAGUUCAUAUUUAGUUAGAUUAGCAGAUUGCUAUAAUAUGUUUACUUUUCUUUAGCCGUACAUCAUGAUCUCCUAUAUGUAGCCAACAAUAGCUGGAUAUAGCUUAUGAAAAUGAAUAAUAUUUGAGUAAAAAAAAUUGGGUUUUAUACUUCAAGACGUUGUGAUCCAACUUUCUUGUUUCUAUACUUCAGGGUAAAACACAUUCUUUCUCCAUUUACUUUAUCUGAAUUCUCGGAGCAGUCUGGAAACUUUCUGAUUUUUUUAAUGUUUUCCUUUGUUAUUUCUGAUAGUAGAAGAAUUGUAAGAUUAUCAAAGAUAACGUUGUGAACUUUAAAUGGGCAUCUGCAAUUUUCUUAUUAUCAAAGAUAAAUUGUCUUUGGCAUGUUUUCUUGCAAGUGCAAUAAAAUUUUUAAAGGAAAUCAUCAGUAGUUUCAUCUUGACCUGUUCUCCUUUUAUUUACUAUAUGUGAUCAGUGCUGUUGCCUGUUCUCAUUCUUAGGCUUUAAGAAGCCAAAAUGUUUUACUAUUUCUUUCUUCUCCCCUUAAAACAUCGUUCUCAUUCAUCUUUGACUGAUCUAGUUAAGAAAUCAUUAUUACAGUAAUUCAUUUUGCAUUAGUGGUCAUCAAUUUCAAGAAACAUCAUCGACCUAGGCUCUAUCAUCCAGUUUAUUCUUAAAGCUGCUAUGGUAUGUUUGUUUUCAUUUCUUUUUACGUAAGUGAGGCAUGCUUAUAGAUGUUUAGCAUUCUUUUCCAAU